AUAGUUAUAAUACCAGUGAUGUUGUCAGAUCAACAUGUUUCUCAUCAUACACAUAAAAUACAAUCAAACUUAUUCAUAUCAACAAAAUUUAGAAUGAUUGAUUGUUUUGCUGUUUUCCGCCACACUCAACAAUUUUUCAGUUACCUGGUGGUGCCCAGUUUUUAUUGGUGGAAGAGAGAACCCAGAUACAAUGUACCUGGGAAGAGAACACCAACCUUCGAAAGUAAACUGGGAAACUUUCUCACUUACCGGCGCGAGCGGGAUUCGAACCCGCGCCGACCAAAGGUGAGAGGCCGUGUGAUUUUGAGCGAGAUGCUCUAACCACUAAAUUUAAAAAUUAAACAUUAAAUUUAAAAAGAUGGUCUUGUUACUACAUCAUAAGUAUAAGUUACUUUGCUUGUUCUAUGUUAAUUUAUCUAAAGGUUGUAUUCUUCAGAUGCUGAGGAAAUGUCUAGACUAGCUUUGAACACUUUAUUUAGCUAUAUGAAAUAGCUUGAUUAAGCUAGUUUAGAUUUAACAAUGGAUCUAACCAAAAAGUUGCAUUAAAAAAAUUGAACAUGUUUAUACAUUGAACUAACCACAACACUACUCUAAUUAAGAGUUCAUAACAAUACUAGGUAAUUUUAAUAAUUCCAGGAACAUACAAUUUCUAAUUGUUAAUGGUCCACUACCCUGUGUGUGUUGAAGUAUAAAUAAGUAUGAUGACUUUACAAUGUGGAAUCUGAUUGCCAAUCCAUUAUUCUUUUGAUCCUCACUUACUUUCAUUCUGAAGAUUGGAUAACUAUUGCUCAACAACUUUAUAAUUCUAAAUAUUUGACAAUUUUUAACCAAAAUCCUUCCUUAGGGAUGUACUUUAAUUAAAGGGAACGUAUGGUCAAAAAUUUAAUUUUGAUAUGUGAAAACUGGUACCUUCUAGACAACAAAACCUAGCAUAGAAAAAAUAAUUGCUGCUGAUAACAAGAUAUAAUCUGUCAUUUACACUGAAAAUUCAGCUGUAUGGGAGAAUCUCUUAUCAUGGCGGCUGAUGACGUACAUGCGGCAAUUCAUUACCGCUGCUGUGCCUAUAGGGAUAGCAUUAAUGGUUGCAGAGUAACACACUUUCCAAUAUCUAUAAUAAUGCCUGAGUGUCAAGCGAAAUUUUGCACUGUGGUUAGAGGAAAAGGAAUAUCUACCUUUAGCAUCCCCAAUCCCCAAAAAAAUUAUGAACUUUGUGCAAGAUGGAUCCAUAACCUAGGAAAUGCAAAAUUAAAUCCAAAAACAUUUGUUUUUUCAAGAGAUAAAAUUGUAUGUGAACGGCAUUUUGAGAAAGAUUGUUUUAAAGAGGAUAUAAGGGUAAGUACCAAAUAUAUUUUGCUUUUUUUCUCAGUAAAUAUUAAUGAUUCUAAAUGUAUAAAUAAUCAGUGUUUAUUUACAACCUUAAAAACUUUAACUUAUGAUCAUUUUCUAAUUUGAUUUAAUUCAAUUUAUUUUGAUAUCCUUAUCCAGUGAACAUUUUUGUACUGGCUAGAGAUGAAGGAUAAACACUGUAUUCUACUUAUUCUUUAAGUUAAAUUAAUUUUUAUUUAGGCUAAAAUAAUGGGAUACACACCAAAGAGAAAACUAUUAAAAGAAGAUGCACUGCCUACAAUAUUUGAUGACAGCAAGCCCAAGAAAAUAAGGGAAAGUAGUUCAAAAAGAUAUGAGAAAAAGGAAAAGCAGGAGCUAAUCAAUCGUCUUCUGGAAAACACAUGUACAGAACCUUGUGACCAACCUGGACCAUCAACAUCUAAGGAAACGGAUGUACCAAUAAAUCAAAGAAAGAGAAAACUACCAGGAAAAAUAAAAUCCUCCAAAAAAAUAAAGCUCAAUGAAGACAUGGAUAUCCCAGUUUUUAUCCAUACUGAAGAUAAUUGAAUACACUUGUGGAUUACAAAGACGAAAUAUUUUCACUCAGUGAAAUUAAAUUUUUAUGCUUUUAUAAAUUGAUUUGAUAAAGAUUUAAAUUCGCUAAAUCUAAGCCGAUUCAAUUAGCUGUACAGUUAUAUAGCUUAAUUUAGCUAUUCUAAAUCUUUUAAAAUUGUGCUGCACCUGCUAGUAGACUUCCGCAUAGUUCAAUAGAGU